GUUUUAUCAGCACUCCGACUGCUUGGCACUAGCUCAUUUCAGAGUGUCAUUGGCGAUGACUUCCUGAUUCAAGCAUCACAGUCAACAGUAUCAAGGAAUCUUCAGGGCGUUAUCUUAAUUGAAAUACUGCCACAGUUCAUGAAAUUUCCAAUGAGUGAAGAAGCACGUUUUGAGAAGAAAUGUGACUUCUUUACAAAUGGAUUUCCGAACGUUAUUGGGGCAAUUGAUGGCACGUUAAUAAAUAUUCAGAGACCAUCAGAUGAUGACUGGUUUGUUUUUAUUAGCCGUAAAGGGAAAUUUGCCCUGAAUAUUCAACUGGUCUGUGAUGCUAAAAUGGAAAUUUUGCACGUUGUUGCACGAUGGCCAGGCAGCACACAUGACUCCUUUAUGUGGAAAAGGAGUGAACUCAGAGAACUUUUCGUUUCCGGCGAAAUACCAAGACAGAAUUUUCUUCUUGGUGAUAGUGGAUAUCCACUUGAACCAUGGCUCUUAACACCAUAUCGUUUAAGUGGAGGUUUUCUUUUUCUUAAAUUUUAUUACUGUGCGUAA